UGAGCACACUGGAUGCAUCUUUCGAGUCUUUAAAACUAUCCACGCAGUACUGUACUGGGCCGGUGUUUGUGUCUGUUGAGUUGAGCUAAAAAGGAAGAAGCAAACGAUAAGGGCUAAUUUACUGUUGAACGCUGAAAGCUUCCCAGUUCCCGCAGGUGCUGAAGUGCUUCUGCCCGUUCCGGUGUUGCUGGGGGACUAUCAGGUGAAAGUGUUGCAUCCGCGCUGUUUGCGUUUCGGAGAAGGGGAAAGAAACACGCGCUGUUGUGUUUUUCGCUUUCCGGUAGUAAAGGGUUCUGUUUGUGCCAGCUGUUUGAGGUGGAAAUUUUUCGAACAAAAAGGCACCAACCAGAGGGUUGGAGAAAGAAAUUGAUUUAUUCGCUAGCCGGAGACAAAUCGCAAACAAAAAGGCGGUAAGGCGUGCUCCGCUAGCAAUACUGAGGGUUACAGAAUUGGGGGUGUAAAGUGUGAUGCAUGGUUGUUAGUUUGCCGGAUUCCGUGCACAAUCUGCCGCUUGACGCGAAAACGAAACUAGGCCAAAAGUGCAAGUGAGGGCGCUUUCGCUCUAGGAAUGCGAGGUACGUGCGAAAGUCGGCGACAUUCCGCUACGUAGUGUGAUUGAAGAGUGGUAAACAAAAGUAGCAAAAAAAAAAAAAAAAACAAAAUUCCCAAAACGGAAGCACAACAACUGGAAUAACUAACGCUUUAGAGUGUGAUCUUCACGAGCGACACCACGGCGACGACGACGUCGUCGAUGAAAACGAGUGAACUUUGGUCGGAGUAGUGAAAACAUUUAGUGCUAGUGGGGGAAUUUUUUUUUUUUCGCUGAAGCUGUGAAGCAUCACGGAUGUAUUAAUUUUCACCACGACUGGCAGCAGCAGCAGCAGUGGCAGCAUCGGUUGGGACGCAAGACCUGGUGAAACUUUUCCUUCGUAGGAAAAUUCUCACAAACACAUACGCCGGGGCAGUGGGAUAAAUACCCUGAAGGAGAAUAAACAACAACCCACUUUUGGUUUGUCGCCGGAAAAAAAAUCUGAAACGCUACAUCUGAACCUGUUUUCUACCGGCUUAUUCAACCGAGAGCAACUGGUUGUUAGUCUUCAUUGCGGUUACCACGUGCAAAGAUUGAAAAAAAGCCAUUUUACCAGUGUCCCGUGUUUUCCCUUUCAAACUUUCUCCAUAACCAUCACGCUAGGCUACGGUCGGCUAUAAUGAUGUUAAAUUUUUUUCUACCAUCACAGCAGCAGCAUCAGCAGCAUCGCAACUCGUUAGUCUAAAUCGGUUGAGCUACGGCAGAAGUGCAGAACCGCGCCUCUCCAAAGUGACGAGAAUCCUGGAAGGCUCUGUGUGAUAAUUGGUGUGCAAUUAAUGUCAUUCACGUCAUCCCCCCGGGGGUUUUCAUGUCGUGCAGAUCAAAGCGGGCUAAUUAGAUCAACGAUUCUGUAGGGUUCUAGAUUUGCGAAGCUUAACUAGGUACGCGACUUCCCGGUGGUGGGAAAAACACAGGAGAAAUAGAGAUUUGUGGACAACCGUCGUCGCGUGUGUCUGUGUGUGUACGCACAGGGAAUGUGAAAUUGGUUUCGGUUUACCAAGGAAAACGCGAGUGAAUUUGUGCCAGGUCGGUAUCUGUGAGCAUUCAUUAAGCCAUUGGCUCGAAGAAUUCGACAGUUAUCCGUGGGUGAGUGAAAUUUCACACUGCGUUCGACACAGCGAGAAAGUGUCCUGAGCCUAGACCGGUGUCAAUCCGAAUAACCGUAAAACCGCACGACAUCCAGCGACCGCAGAAGCGUUUCGGAGGAAGGAGAGGCCAACCGUAAAACACAAUAAAAAAAAAACGGAAUAGCGAACAAAGCGCAGCAUAAUGGAAAUUCCAACAGUAAUGGACGGAAUGCUGAAAAACGCGCUUGUCCUGCACGAUGACCGGUCCUCACGGAACAGCAAUAGCAGCUCAGGUUCGCCGUCGGUGAUACACGAUAAGAAGAAAAUGCUCGACAUCACCCGGGACAAACCGAUCAAAAUUGCUGUCCGGGUUCAGGUGCCUGUCAGAGAUCAUCCCAAGUUCAACUUUGUUGGCAAGCUGCUUGGUCCGAAGGGAAACUCGCUCAAACGACUGCAGGAGGAAACAAUGUGCAAAAUGGCAGUACUUGGCAAAGGUUCAAUGCGAGACCGGAAGAAGGAGGAAGAACUGCGACUCAGUGGCGACCCACGUUACUCGCAUCUUUCCGAAGAUCUGCACGUCGAGAUUUCAACCUACACAGCUCCGGCAGAAGCGCACGCCCGCAUCGCCUACGCUCUGGCCGAAGUUCGACGUUUUCUGGUACCGGACUACCACGACGACAUCCGACAGGAGCAGAUGUGGGAAAUGCAAGCACUAAACUCGGCACAGAGCGGUGGCGUUUCGAACGGAGGAACCAAUGGGAGCUGCAAUGGGAACAACGUAAGCAACGGUCAUAACACCAACGGUUUGCCGAACGGGAACCUGACACUGAACGGUGGUAAUCCGGAUAUGAUGCACCACCAGCAGCAGCAACAGCAACAGCAGCAGCAGCAGCAGCAUCAUUCUCAUCAUAAUCCGAACGGUGUGGACUCCUUAUCGAACGGCGGCAUCCUGGCGGGAAGCACUGUCAGCACAGUGGGGGUUCCAACAACGACUUCGGCCUCGACGACGACCGGUCCGGAAGCCAGCAACGGACAGCCACACAAUUCCACUGCCGCCUGCAACUCCGUCACACAUCACCAUCAUCAUCAUCAUCAGCAGCAGCAACAGCAACAGCAACAACAGCAGCAGCAUCAUCACCAUCAUCCUCAUCAUCAGUUCCUGUCGAGCAGUGCGGCCGAUGCUGUUGCGGCGGCAGCCAGCGAUUUGAGCAAUCUGAUGCCAGUUGAUGUCAACAUGACUUCCGCUAAUCACUUCGUGAACUCCCUGCCAACUACCGACAUCGAAGCUCAGACGCUGGCUUUUGUGGAAUCGGCUAACGCUUUUCUGCACCCGGCGCUGCGAGGUGUGAAAACAGUGAGUUUAGCCAGAAAACGACCGCUGCUGGGUGGUCCCCGAUCCAGCAUGAAUCCGACAAAGCGUACCGUGAUGACUCUGAUUGCCCGCGCCCGGACGGCCCAAGCGAUGCACGGAGGAAGCCGAGCGGCGGCACCAAUCGGAGAUCCCGUUUUGUCUUUGGCCAGACCGAUUCAGGUGAUUACAUCACCGUUGAUUCUUCAACCGCCGCUGGAUCUGCUGCAAGCCAACGGGACCGGAGCUAUGCAAAAGGAAAACAUCCUGCAGGGGGCCUAAACAGGAUGGAGACGCAGGUGGACAACCGAAGGAACAUUGCUUUCAAUGUGUUAGUAGGAUAGACUAGAGGGAUAUUUUCUACAAGCUAGCAACGAUUCCCGACGGCGAUACUGACUAAGCGUUACUACUUGAUAUCACAACCCAGUGAACACACCAAUUCAAUCCCCCCGAAGAAAAAUCACUCACCCAGCAUCAGCAACAAGUAAUCAUAAUGGCACAAACUGAUAAGUGAAAUUAUAACAGAUAAAAAAAAACAUUCGAAUCAUAUUAUAAAACUUGUUCAGGUUUCAAAUGACAACAAACAACCAAACAAAACAUUAAUCACACCACCCACAACGACCGAGAGCGGUAGGAACGCAAGCAAGUUCCGGCUUUCGGAUAUCUUUAUUUAAUUUUGUGCACUGAACCAAAGCGAACGGGAAAGGUGGAAAACGAAACUUAGAGAUUUUUACAUGUUAGAGCACCAGUAAAGGAAAAAAAACAAAUAAUUUAUCGAGAUCUCGGUUGAUAAUUUCCGUAUCUAUUUUACAAAGAUAGAACAAAAACAGAGCAAGAGUAUUUUAAUACCGCUACACUGGUAGGGAGAGCAUUCAAUAAAACGAAUAAAAAAGCAAAUAUAAACCUAUCAAAACAAUACACAAGUUAUCACAAGUGAGCAUUUACAUUUUAUAGUGGUAAAGUAAAUCCGUAAUUUUUGGUACUUUGCUCAAAAUGUCACAACAAGUACACGCUUUUAAAGUACGUGAAAAAAAUAUUUUAUAAACAUCAUCAGUGGUAAUCACAACCAGAGCAAAGAGUAUUAAAAGUAGUAUCAAGCACCAUUCAAUUGCAUUGUUAAUUUCCACACGCUAAAGUAGUGAAAAAGAAGAAAAAAAAAAACAAAUGUUGGCAUAAUCUGUAGUGUGCACCCGCACCAAACUAAAACUAAAAAUCCGUGCUAGUCGCUUAGCCUGUUCUAGUAUAAAUUUGAAAGUUGCUCUACUGCUAAAUGUUUGUGGUCCGUAAACCGGACGUGUUUAAAACCAAACCAAAGUAACUCCCGUUGGCGCGGUUAAAGCCUGAAAAUAUAAAACUAAAAAAAUCAGUAAUUUCUCGGUGUACGUGUUGAAUCUAUCGUUUCCUGCUAAACUGAUGAUAUUUUAUUAAAGCAAACUGUUUGAAUGAAAAUAUGCAUAAUAAUGUAACAAUAAUAAUGAUAUAAAAGAAAGUAGAAGAGGCCAAGCGGUGGGCAAUCGGUCGGAAGGUCUUGCGGGUAUCCGACGAGAAAGAAGGGUGUAGCUAUUCAGAACGGAGUCUGACAACAUGUUUAACCAUCAUAAUCGGAUAACAGUUGAAGAAAGAAAGAAAAAAGGUGAAGUUACGAUGCGGUAUCAAUCAGCAGCAGCAGGCAAUCCGCUGCGUUUUGGGUCUCCCGGAAAGUGGAAGGUAAGAAUUGCGUUCUUUUUUUUUUAUUUCACAAUUUCCACCAGACCAGCUUCCGCUCACUUCCGAGAACCGGAAGUGUAACACCCCGAUGAUGAUGAUGAUAACCAGGAUUUUAUUUGGCCAAUAAAAUGCCGAUUGAAACGAUGGCUAUCAAUAUUCCGUACGAGGAAGGAUAUGGAUCAAGCUUUUUUUACUGCUGAGCUGUUUAACCCUGCCCGGGCUAGGGCGCUUCGUGGGAGGACUGGGUUAAGGGAAUAAGAAAGCUUGGUCGUAACGAACAGUUUUUCGGGGGAAAAUCGGGAAACAUACAGUUUUUGGAAUCAAUAUGUUAUUUCAGCUGACGGACAGUAAUACCAUUAAUUGAUUUAAGGGGAAUCGUUGGAAACGAUUUUUUUUUUGUGUUGCACGAGAUUAACGAAUUCGAGUUUUAUGGAAUUAUUGUUAACAUUUUGAUGCAUAUUUUGACGUAAAAAAUUCAAUUCAGCUUUUGAAAGUUCUUUUUUCGUGGUGACACCGAAAUUAAUGAAUGAGGAAAUUAAUAUAAAACGCCGUUGCGCUAAAUACACAAGUGCUAUUCUUGUUGAUAUUGGCAUUCGUUGCCAGUAAACUCUUUUUCUAGUAUCAAAACAAUCGUACCCCUGGAAAAAGAAAGAAAAAAAACUGUUGGAAAUAUAACCCGUACCUCAAUUAUUUGUGCAAAUCCAACCGGUUUACUGUUUAUUUUCGUUCGUUUCUCUGGUAUUGAUUUUCCAUCCUCUGAAUCCAGCAGCAAAUUAUUCGGGGUCAUCAAAUAAAAGUAUUUAUUUUUCGCUUGUUUUUCGGGAGCUGUGGUUAAAAAAAAGUAUCACCCUUUUCGAUUUUCGCUUUUGUGCGAUACAGGCAGGUUCCGCGAUUAUUUGGCACCUUCCUUUGUUUACUUGUAGAUAUCAAAACCAUCAAGUAACGGAACAAAAAAUUGUUAGGAUACUGAAAUGUUACGAUGUGAAAUAAAAUAUUAAGCGAUAGCUGACAGAGUGUGCCCCAAUUGAUUUGGAUUUUGAAGUGCUUGUUUCCAGUGUAGGAUCUUAUUAAAAAUAUUUUUUAUGAAAAAUUCCUAAUUUUCUUCCUUGACCAUCCUUUGAUUAUGUUAGUGAUUCUUGGAUGCCAUGUUGGAAUACAAAAUUUGAUUGGAGACCGAUUCUAGACUGACCAUUUUUCGGUGAGAAAACGGGCCAAGUGAGACAUUGGAGAAGAUUGAUUUAUCCCAAGUAGAACAAAUUUCGUGCAGUGGAUUAUGAUUUCUGGAAAUGAAAGCAAGCAAUAUGUGAGAAAGAAGACCAAAACAUUGUCUAACAGUUUUUCAUUGCUAUGACAAUCUCUACUUUCAAUCGCGACUUUUCUCUGUUCUGCAUACCGUUGACGAUAGAAAAUGUCCUUUUAGAGGUUUCAACUGAAUGGCCCUCUGACCAGUUUUAUUGUGAGAGGGAUUCAUUUUAGUCAAGAAGUAUAAUUCGAGGUUCGGUAGAAUACAACGUGAAGGAAGGGUUAAUAGGGAGCCUGAAAAAAAAACCAUUUUCAAGUCCGUUGACAUCGAAUGGUUCUGAUUAUACUAAGAUUCGAACCCACAACCACCCUUUUGUCAAGGCGGAUUCUUUAUCCUUGGGGAAAUUCUCCAUGCACAUGCAAUAGCGAUUAUAGAACACAGCGCGAACACAGCAGACGUAAACUAACAGUGGCAGUAGAUCCGAGCAUUACUUUUAUUGAAUAUUUGCUCAAAAUGUUGUAUCUGUCUGUGUAAAGGUGUUCUCCAAAGUCUGGCUUUCAUUUGAGUCAUCAACUUCUCAGUUCCACUACCACCGGUCGCCAAACGCGAGAAGGGCAAUAGGUGCUUGUAACAGUAGAUUUAAUGAUUGCUUUGAUUGUACCCGUCGUGAUGUACGCUCAUCUUGCCGCACCCACAGAUGACCAGCUAAGCCAAGGUUUUCUUGGGUAAAACUUCCACCCCGGAAACUGUUUUUUGACCGCCAAGUGACGUGUAAAGGCUGUAGCUAGUGAGAGUUUUUCUCAGCUUUUAAAUGAAACCAAUAGAAGUGGUUUAAGUGGUAUACAUUUGAAAUCAAAGCCACUUCGGAGAACUUGUUAACUUGUUUUGUUAUUUGUUUCUCCAUGGUUUGCCGUUUGUAGUGUUUUUAACUUCUUGAAAAAAAUCUGAGAAAGCUCAAAUGAACACAGAAUCCGUGAUAGUUGCAAUCCGUUGGGCUCAAAUAUGCUACGAAAUUGAAAAUAUGUUUAGCUGCCAGGACUUUGUUGAAGUUAAUGACUGCAUUUUGUGCCUUCCUGGUAGUAACGCGGAGCUGGAAAGGAUAUUCUCUUUUGUAAACGGUACACUUACUUACUUGCUUACUUUUCAGGUGAAACAUCCUGCAGAAUUUCGCCUGUCGCCACAAUGUUACGCUAGUCCAGUUUUUUGAGCGUUCUACGUUUUCAAGAUCUUGCUCCACUUCCCAGUCAAUCACAAAUCGUACAUCGGUGUAUGAAAAUUAUCACAAAUAUAUCUCAACGAAGUCGAAAUCGUAUAACACGCUUUUUAAUAUGCGCAGAAAUUCAUCUUCAAUUGUAUAUCAUAGUGGAGUCUUAUCGAUUUACGAUUGUAGGCUUAGAGUUGUAAGACAGUGUAAAACAAAUCACUUUCUAUCGAAUAUUAUCUUAUAUAAAUACGUAUAUACGUAUAUUGCAUACUUUUAUUCCUCAGUACGUAUAUCGCCUACAAAAUAGUACGUAUAUGCAGUUUUUGCACUUCAAAUGCGAGUUUGUAUGAUAUAUAUGAGUGUGGAUAUUGGAAUCAAAACAUUAUUAUACGUAUGAAAAUGUUGACUAGGAUUGGUCCAAACACCUAGUCCGUUGCACGCCUCUACGCCUUGUUCCGGCCGGAUUCGAGACGGAUAUCAUUUUUGAGGAAUUGUUGUUCAGAAGUCUUACUUGUCCCGCCCUUUGUACCCUUCAAAGCUUUACUGUGCUCGCCGUGAAGUUGCGCCAGCUCGUGGUUCAUUAUUCGCCGCCAUAUGUCCUAAGUACUAAGGUGUGGUAGGAUGGGGUUAUCUGCCCUAUCUAUAAAAAGUUGAAGAGGUUGUUUAUAAGACACGACCGCAGAGGUAACGUAGAAUACGACAGCCUGUCUUAUGUCAAUGUCUUUCUUGGAAAAGGUUUGGGAAUACACUCAAUUGGGGUUAAUUAAUUUAAUAGUCUCUUCGCUCCAGAUGACGUUUACCACUGUAGCCGACACCGCGGUUUCACUUGCUGCCGUAUCCAAAACAAGAAUGAAAUUGAAUUGUUUUGUGGCUGUCUUUUGUAGCAAGUUGCACUAAGAUAUCUUAAUUUAGGCAGUAGCUACGAAGAGGCUAUAGACAAGGGCAAAUAGUGCAUUCUCCGUCUAUGAUAUAACAGUUCAAAUAACAAUUUUCUGCAUUUUCCGAUAGCGUAGAUAAUUUUACAACUGAUUGCUGCAAUUAGUAAGACUUGCGCGAAAAAUUAUGUGGUUCAGGCUCACUAGCUCAGAAAUUCUUCAGAUAAACUUUGAGGUUAAUUGUGUUUGUCAAUGCCAUUUAUUGACAAGUGAAUAUUUUUUCAACAUGGCAAAUUUUUUAUUUAGUUUUGGAUGACUUACAGUGAUAAUUAAAUUCUACACGAGGUGAUUUA